AUGACUGAAUCGCGCACAAGAGCACUUUUCUUAAAGAGUUUGUUGACCAAUGGUGGAAAUGCUAUAGGGGCACCAGUAAGCGAGAUUAAGAGCAGAUGUGACAGUUGGGGUAAAGUUGAUCAGGUUGUGGCGAUUGUCAAAACGUGCACUCCAAAUGGUCUAGGUGAUGUCAUGGUGACUCUUAAGGAUCCCACUGGAACAGUUGAUGCCAGUGUGCACAGAAAAGUUAUCUCCGAGAGUGAGUUUGGAAGAGAUAUACGAGUUGGUGCAGUGGUGAUACUUAAGCAGGUUGCAGUCUGCGCACCUUCACGGUCAUCAACCUAUCUUAACAUAACACUGAAGAACAUCGCCAAGGUUAUCACAAAGGAUACUUUAUCGAAGCAGAAUGAUUCUGAAAUGGGUGCCAAAAAUCCUGUUCCUGUGGAUGAAAACGAGGAAGAUUUGCGACGGCCUAAACCCAAAGUGUUUAGCGUGGAGCAAGGAACUACCCAAGGGAUCAUGAACAAUCUUAGACAAAAUGCUAAAAGAAGUAGUGAAGCACUCAAUGAUGUAGAAAUGGUAGAAAUUAAUCCAGCAGAGANACAAUAUACACUUGACUAUAAGUUCUAG